CGGGCUCGCGUAUAUCGGCAUUCACGAUUGCAUUCCUACGCUGAUCUACUGGAAGUUAUAACGCCCAACCUCGAGCUGAGGGAUGACUCGCUCGUUCGUUGCAGAUACUUUGGGACCUGUGGUGGAUGUCAAUACCAAAUGAUCCCGUACCAUCAGCAGUUAGCUUUCAAGAGGAGGGUAGUGGAGAAAGCUUACGCUACAUAUUCCGGGCUGAACCCUGACCAGGUCCCUGCAGUCCUUCCGACUAUUCCCUCGCCAAAUCAGUAUGGAUACCGAACCAAAAUUACACCUCACUUCGACGCACCUCCGAAAGGCAAAAAAACAGAAGCUCAAGGGGCAUCUGGUAGCACCGAUCCACUGCGGAAAGAAUGGGAACUUCGAAUAGGGUUUGACCAGAAAGGUCGUCGGACGGUUAUGGACAUUGAGGAAUGUCCAAUCGCAACAGAUGUGCUCAAUAAAGGCUUAGAAAUUGCACGAAAAAAUGUCCAGCAGACUAUCUCGACCUACAAGAAGGGCGCAACACUUCUCCUUCGUGAUUCACUAGCCGUACCCGUGUGGGAAACCAACCUAUCCAAUGGGGAGGAGGCGUUUACAAAGAGCGUGAUAGCGGAAACAGAUGAUCAAGAUGAGCGACAUUAUUGCAUCACAUCCCACAAGGCCACAGUGCGGGAGCGCGUGGGCGAUACGUUAUUCGAGUUCUCCGCCGGAUCCUUCUUCCAAAACAACAACUCGGCUCUAGAACCCCUUACCUCGCAUGUUCGCGAUGCGAUUUUUUCGUCCAGCGAAGGAGAGGCCCUCGAGCCAGGCUCGACAAUCCGCAAGUCCCCAACUCACCUCGUAGACACAUACUGUGGCUCGGGCUUAUUUUCUCUAACCCUCUCUCCGCAUUUUUCCCACGUGGCUGGGAUCGAAAUAGACUCUGCUGCGAUACGCGCUGCCCAACACAACACAAAUCUCAAUGGGCUUUCGCUCUCAAAGCACAAAUUUCAUGCAGGCAAAUCCGAAGACAUCUUCGCCUCAGUUUUGUCCUCUUCAGAAGAAACAUUCCCGCCUGAUGACACUGUUGUUGUGGUUGAUCCACCUCGGAAGGGUUGCGACGAGGCGUUCAUAGAUCAGGUUGUGAGCUUCGGCCCUAGCGUGCUGGUGUAUGUUAGCUGCAAUGUUCAUACACAGGCAAGGGAUGUGGGUAUGUUGAUAAGAAAAAUGGAGGUCAAGAGUGAGGGCAGCUAUGUAUUAGACAGUUUGCGAGGAUUCGAUCUCUUCCCGCAAACUGCGCACGUUGAAAGUGUUGCUGUUCUCCGUAGAGUUGUCGUACAUUCGGUGUUUCAUUAAUGAUUACCAAUGCUGAGAGUGUCAUGCUUACAUCAUUCA